AUAACAUUGUCUAUGCAAAUAACUAGAGAGUAAAGAUAGAUAGAUAAGUAAUAUUAUCUAUGAUAAUUGGGAACGGCUUUAUAGUAUAUGCAUAGUACAAUGGUCAUAGAUAAGAAUAAUCUUUCUUUUUUCAUUUACAAUCUUUUUUAUAUUCAUAUUCUUAAUUCAUAUAUUAUGUAGAUACGCAAGGUACUCAUAUACAAGAGAUAUAUGCUUGCGAUGCUUAUGUCAGUGUAAAAAAAUGUUUGUCGGUUUAAAAAUAUCUUAAAUGUAUUAAGUGUAUUUUCUGGACAGAUCAACAAACAGUUUAUCAUAGUUUCAGUUACAACAAUUGGUUAUAAUUAAUUUAAUUUAAACUGGGAUUUCUAUUACGUGAGGAAAAAUGAAUGGUAUUAGAAAAGCAAUCCUGCAAACUUUAAGUACUACAGUUUUUGUGCAGAAUGAAUUUAUUUCUUCACAUUAUAAAUAGUUUUUUUAAAUGUAUGUUAUUAUUAAAACAAAGAACCUUUUAUAAUACUUAAAUUAAAUAGUAUAAUGGCUGCAAAUAAUGAACUUCCAACUAAUAGAAAAUGGGAAAUAUAUCCAGGCCAUACUAGAAAAUGGGAAGUUUUUGCAGGUCGAAAUAAAUUCUAUUGUGAUGGUAGGCUGAUGACUGCUCCACAUUCAGGUGUUUUUUUACUUACAGUUAGUUUGAUAACAGGGACAAGUACACUAUUUUUUGUAUUUGAUUGUCAAUAUUUAGCUGAAAACGUGAGUUUAGCAAUUCCUUUUAUAGGAUGUUUUCUAUUUGUAUUUACAAUGUCAACAUUGCUUAGAACAUCUUUAAGUGAUCCUGGAAUUAUACCUCGAGCUACACCUGAUGAAGCAGCAUAUGUUGAAAAGCAAAUAGAAGUAACAAAUUCGGCCAAUAGUCCAACAUAUAGACCACCACCAAGGACUAAGGAGGUGCUAAUAAAAGGACAAACUGUUAAAUUGAAAUACUGUUUUACAUGUAAAAUAUUUCGCCCACCACGUGCUUCUCAUUGUAGUUUAUGUGAUAAUUGUGUUGAAAGAUUUGAUCAUCACUGCCCAUGGGUCGGGAACUGUGUUGGAAAAAGAAACUAUAGAUUUUUUUACAUGUUCAUAGUUUCUCUUGCCUUUCUUGCUGUUUAUAUCUUUUCUUGUUCUGUUGCUCACCUUAUCUUAUUAACGCGAGAAGAUAUGCCUUUCAUGGAUGCUGUAAAACAAUCACCUGCAAGUGUUGUUAGUGCAGUAGUAUGUUUUUUCAGUGUCUGGAGUAUUUUAGGUCUUGCUGGUUUUCAUACCUACCUCACAACUAGCAACCAAACCACUAAUGAAGAUAUAAAAGGUUCUUUUACGGGAAAAAGAGGACAAGAAAAUUUUAAUCCAUAUUCAUACGGAAAUGUAUGUUCAAACUGUUGCCAAAUACUUUGUGGUCCGUUAGCUCCAUCUUUAAUUGACAGACGAGGAAUUGUUACUGAAGAUUACAAGGCAGAAAUAACUGAAAAUAUUAUUAUUGCUGAACCAACUUCUGAUUUAAAGCCUUAUCCUGUACAGAAUGGUUCGACACAGCUACAUCUAACAACAGAAAUAAAGGAAUUCUAUCGACGGAAUAAUAACGAAACUACAGGUAGUAACGCUGGGAGCGUCACCCAUUUAGUAAGUAAUGAAGCACCGGUGGGCGUGGCACCGUCAAUAUUAAAACCUGUCGAUCAACAUUACGCUUCUCAGCCUAAUUUAAGUCAGGUGCACGUUUACAGUAAUGUAACGAACGCUUCCAAUAGAUUAAUUAAUAAGGCACAAAGUUACUCACAAAAUAUCAAUUCCGAAUCGAAAAAGGAGGAAUUUGAAGUGAAUUCGAACCUAGAGGAUCUUCAUUUAGAUUCAAUAUUGAUACAGGAUAAUGUUAAUAUUUCAAACAUUAAACCAAUUAUAUGUGAGGAAAGCGAGUUGGCUGCUAAAGACAAAGAAACUAGUUUGUUAAGAGCUAAUCGAUUGCGUAUGCUUCAAGACACAACAAUGAUUGAAAGUGCUUUAGAUUUAGAUUCGAUUGAUGAGACUAGUUUAAGUUUAAAUAAUCGAGAGCCUAAAGUCAAGAUUUAACUAGGAAAUAACUUUGUACAAAUAACGAUAAAAGUUAAAUAUAUAUAUAUAUAUUUUUGUAUGUAAUAAAUAAUUAUGCAGACGAAUUAAGUGUAACUUAAUAAUAAAUGCCUAGAGAAACGAGUAUUGUAAAUGUUUUGUUUUUUGUUUAGUGGGAAAUUAUUAAUUUUUAGUUUUUGUUGUGAGAGAAGCUCAAAAGCAACUACUAUCGCAAGUGAUAUUUAUACUAUUUAUAAAGUUUAUACGACUGAACCUGAAAAGAAUAGUUUAUAAUUUGUUUGAAAAAUGUUGUAAUUAUGAUACAAAAAUAAAAAGUGGUCUUUA